AUGACCGAGCAGACUGUCGACCUGCGCAUCCUUUCCCCCUCGAUCGAGGCCGAGGGCGGCGUCAGCUUCCGCGCCCUGCCCAGCUCCACCACCGUCGGCCAGCUCAAGGUCAAGAUCCAGGAUGCUCUACCCACGCAUCCCGUUCCGGAGCGCAUGCGCAUCAUAUACCAGGGCCGCAUGCUAAGGGACUCUAUUCCGCUGGCCGAAGUCUUUGGUCGCGACACGGCCCAGAUGCUGCACAACGUACACAUGGUCCUCCGCGAAGACGGCCACCCCCCGGGCCCUAGAUCCUCGACCGCGCCCCCAAACAACCCUUUCCGCGCCACUCCCGCUCAGCCGACGAAUCCCUUCCGCGCUCCCGCCAGACCGCAAUCGCUGCCUCCCCAGCAGCCUCAGCCAGGCGUGGCCAACGCCGCCAGAUUCCCUCUGCCUCAGGCCCUCAACAACAUACUGAACCAUACACGAGAAACCCCGCCGACGCUCGCCUCCCAGGGCCAGAACGCCUUUCAGCAGUUCAUUGCUCAGCAGCAGCAGCAAAGGGCCACCGGAGGCCAGAACCCUGCAACCAGCCCGCAAGCCCAGACCUCGCGCAACCCCCUCAUCCCGAAUGGCGCCACAAUCACGCAGGGGGGCAUAGGCCCGAACGGCGAGCGGUGGUCGGUCAUGGUGAACAACACGACCCUGACAAUCCCCCAGCAGGCCGGCUUCGGCUUGCCCAUGCCCAUCCCUGGGCAGUUUGCCAACAUGCUGAGGCCUGCCUCGCCUUCAAUGGCCAGGGACGGCAACAGGGCCAUGGAGCAGGUCAGGCAGCAUCUGGAAGCUGCGCGGAGGCAGGUCGAAAUCAUCAACAGUUUGCUCGCCCCGCCCGGCUCGUCCCGGGAGGAGCGCCUGCAGCUGCCGCCCUACAACUUCCAGCGCGCUGCCACCGAGAUUGAUCGCCUGAACAUCUAUCUGGACAUGAUGCGGAAUCUACUCGGUUCAUUGGUCGCCAACCCUCAGUACGCCCGCAACCGCGAGGUCGUCUCUCUUCAGAUGGACAACGAGACCAUGCGCCAUGCCACCAGGAACCUGAUACGUCACAUACACAGUCACAUCAUCUCGAGGAGAGAUCAGAUUCAAAACCUGCAGCCAGAUCUUGCUUUCAACCCCGAAGCGCCUGCCGACUUGGAAGCGUUGCUGCGUAGUGAGAACCCGAACGAUUGGUUUGAUAUGAUCAACCGGUCCAUGCCGGGAAGACAGCCAAACGGAAAUGCCGCGGCGCAGGGCGAGAACGGGCCUUCGGACGAAGUUCCAUCGACGCCGAAUCAGCCUAUAGACACCAACGGCGUCUUCCUUCUUUGGGGUCCCGAGGGACCCCGCGGCGUCCUCCUCUCGCCUCAAGCCACGUUGACGUCUGGCUCCGUUCCCUCACUCACGGAAGCGUGGGCGGAAAACCUGGCAUAUCAGCGUGCGCUCAGCGACGUUGCGCGACUCGUUGCACCGACGCGCGCAGCAUUCGCCAGUCGCCAACCCACCCCGCAACCAACCGCAACGCAGGCAGCCCCGGCAGACGCGCCUGCGCAGGCACAGCACGCCGCGGACCCUGGCGUCCAAGCCGGCGUGCACCAAGUCCAGGCCCAGCUGCUCAACAACCAUCCUGUCGCCCCGCCUCAGCUGCAGCAAAUGGCGCCUCCGCCCCAACAAGGCCAGGUCGCCAUCGCCGCCGUGCUGGCUGGCCAUCUCUGGAUCCUCAUCCGCAUCUUCGGCUUCCUGUACCUCUUCGGCGGUGCCGGCUGGCGCCGCACCAUCCUGCUGGCCGUCUGCGGCCUGGCGGUGUAUCUUGUGCAGAUGGGCUUCCUGGGCGAGCGCUUCCUCGGCGACCGCUGGGACCGCGUCCGCCGCUACUUUGACAACCUCGUCGGCAUCCCGGCGCGCGACGGCGCAGCACUAGCACGAGGGGAGGGCCAAGCUGCAGCAGCAGCAGCAGCAGCAGCAGGAGCAGGCGGUGCCGAAGCAGCAGCGCCGGCGGGACAAGGCACGAGGCGGCGCCAGGCGCAGCCAACGCCCGAGGAGGUGGCGCGGCGGCUGCUGGCGCAGCGCGAGCAGCAGGACCGCACGUGGCUGCGCGACGCGGUGCGCGGCGCGGAGCGGGCCACGGCCCUGUUCGUCGCGAGCUUGUGGCCGGGGCUGGGCGAGCGCAUGGUCGCGGCGCGUGAGGAGGCCGAGGCGCAGGUCAGGCGCGAUAGGGCGGAGAGGGAGGAGCGCGAGCGCCGGGAGCGGGAGGCGGAGGUGGAGGCCGAGGCUGGGGAGCAAGCGCGCGUGGCUGCUGCGCAGGAGGAGGCGACGGCGGCUGCGGGGGAUGCUGAGCGUGCGGGUGGAGAGGGCGUGCAGCGGGGGGGUGGACAGCCGUUGGCUGGCGAGGCUGAGGCUGAGGCUGAGGCGGUGUCCGUGGAUGCUGCUUCUGGUGCUGCGGACAAGGGCAAGGGCAAGGAGAGAGCGGUGGUGGAUGGGGAAGCGUCGGCGUCGGCGUCGUCGUCUUCGGCGUUGCCGGCGGGUGCAGGUGGUGGUGAGGGUGCGGCUCCGCGUGCGCGCGAGGGCUGGUCGUUUGAGGAUGUGGAUUGAGGUACUACUACUGCUUCUUCUUCGGGAGGAUGUUUGGUUGCUGGGUCCUUUUUUUUUUUUUUUUUUUUUUUUUUUUUUUUUUUUUUUUUUUUUUUUUUUUUUUUUUUUUUUUUUCGUUUCCUGGACGUGAACGUCUGACUACCUAUCUACGUAGGUAGGUAGGUAGGUAGGUAGGUAGAUAGGUAGGUAGAGGCGGUGGUGGUGGGUGGUGGUAAUGGCUGACUUGCUGAAAGUCCGAUGCAGAUGGAUGGAUGGAUGGAUGGACGGAAGGAACGAAGGGGGGAACAAGCAGGUUAGAGGAC